CCGAGUUGCUGCAGCAUGACUGGGUAUCCUACAUCGCGACAUUUGCAAAUAAUGAGGACCAGUACGGCUAAUGUUUGUGAAUGUGCCCUACUUUUUGUUGUGGCCGAGCAGAUCCUCCACAUCCGCAAUCAAGUCAUUGAGCCCGGUACACCGUCGUCCGAGAGUUCGAGUACGAGCAGUCGUGGUUAGUUCUUGGUUGUGUGCGGUAUGUACGUGUUUGUUUCGUUUUUGUUCACUGUGCUACGCCCUGUUUUGCUGUGUGCUAGGAAGAGACUGGGGCUUCCGGUCGAUUCUAUCUGCUUUUUGUCUCCUUUGCGUGUCUGCAACUCGUACUUUUUUUUUCUUUCCCAAUACAUCUAUCGGGCUCAUUAUCUUCAUUUCGUUACAUUAGGGAUUCACGCACACAAUUGGGAGGUUGAAGAUAAAGCCAGGGGAGUAGGGGAGAAUACAGGUUUUUGUUGAACAUUGGAGGGUUUUGAUUUGCUUUGCAUUUUGUUACUUCUGCGGAUGAUGGGGAGGGAGAUUGUCUUUUCUGGGUUUGGAGAACAUUUAUUGCUAUCGUUUUUUUUGGGAUGAAUUACUCUCUUUCAAACACCGAGUAUUAUUGAACUUGAACUUAAUCUAUGAAACCUGA